GCAAGAGGGGUCCUGCCUCUGCAAAUUGCCCGCCCCUUCCUGCCCUCCUACCCUCCCACCUUGUGGCCUCUUGUGCGAUCGAAUCUCUCGGCUGCCUCCCAAUUCUGCUCGCAUUGUUUUCUCCUGCUGCUCGGCUACAAAAAUCAGAAUUCCCUCACCCUUUGUCUGGUCUGAAGCUCGGCAUUCCCAAGCAUCCAAAGCUGUUUCCCCAGGAUUUCUUUCUCGGCUCCCAUCGCAACCGAAGCACAUCUGCUGUGAGCUCUACGUAAGGCCAGCAAACCCCGCGUUCGUUCGACUGUCUGGUGAGCCUUCAGUCGUCACCUCGGGACUUCCCGCAUUCAACCAGGUUGCAUUCAAGCAUACGUACAAGCACCCAAGCCCUCCAAGACCACCAAGUCUCUCACCGACACACCCGGACCAAGACUUGACCCUCAUCGACAACUUUCGCAACCUAGGCAAAGAGCCAAGAUCUUAGACACCAGUACCAAAGAUGUCUUUCUUCAAGAAGCUCACCAAGGAGUUUGAGGACCUCAAGACCUCUUUUUCCGAUGACAAGAAGGACGAGAAGAAGCCCGAAGAGUCACCCGCUCCUCAGCACCAGUCCAGUGAUACUCGCAGCUACUACCCCUCUCAGGCUGCACAGCCCCAACAUACCGAUUCCGGCUACAGCAACGGCCACGGCAGCUACGCCCCGAACCCCGCUUCCGAGUCCCAGCCCUCCCCCGCUCCGGCUCCCGACGGCCCACCUCCCAUGGCUGCGCCCUCCGUGCCUCCCGGCUGGGUUGCCCAGUGGAACGCCCAGUACCAGCGUUGGUUUUACGUUGACCACAACACGGGCCGCUCGCAAUGGGAGCACCCUGCUCCGCCUCCGCCUUCAGCACCUCCGCUACUACGGGCAAGCAAGUCUACCCCCCGGCUCGGGCUACGAUUCCCCGGCCCCCUGGAGGUUAUGGAGAUCCUUUCUCCCCUACGGCCAAACCGGCGGCUAUGGAGCCCCCUUCGCCUAUGUCAGCCUGGUUACGGCCAGCCUUGGUUACGGCCCAGGCCCGGACACGACCAGGCUCGGGCCUACGGGAGCGACCCCUACAAUGGUCACGGCACCGAGCAAAAGAAGAGUAGCAGUGGCAUGCUCCUAGGUGCAGCCGGUGGACUCGCUGUUGGCGCCGUCGGCGGUGCUCUGAUUGCUAAUGCCAUGAAUGACUCGGAUGACGAGGCUCAACAGCAGCAGGCUGCUGCGGCCGCCGCGCCCCCUCCGGAGCAAGCCUACUACGCCCCGCCUCCCGAGCAGAACUACUACGCACCGCCCCCUCAGGCUGAUGAGCCCGCCUUUGAGGACGGCCCUCCCCCUGUUCUUGGCGCCACGGAUGCCGACGGAAACUCUGUCGAUUCUAGUGAUCGCGAGGAGGUUGCUGAUGCCCGUGCCGAGUAUGAAGAGGCUCUGGCCGCCGCCGCCGACUCGGACGCCAGUAGCAGCGAUCAUGAGGCUGCUGAGGAGGCACGUGAGGCUUAUGAGGAGGCUUACGAGGAACAUUACGGCGGUGAUGAAGAUGACUGA